AUGGCAAUCCUUGGCUCCACACUGCUGCCACUCGGGCUGUUUCUAUGCUUCGGACUGCUGUGUUCUGCCAGCUCUGCAGGUGAAAUUGACAAAUGCAUGUUCUUCAGUGAGGUCACCACCACUGGCCCAGGCAUCAUGGUCAAUUCAGAUGUCUAUGACAGCAACAGAAACUACACAGUAUGGGUUCCUGUGAAUGCCAAUAUCAGCUCUGUGGUCCUGCGAGCAGUGGAUGAGAACAACACCUCACUAGGCCUCUGGGAAAAAGCAGACAAGCUUUGCAACAGCAGCGCCCUGUAUCACCUGGAGAACUUGAAUGACAAGCUCUUCACAGCAAACUGGGUAUCUCCUAACUCCGAAAACAUAACCACAAUCGAGCUACAAGCCUUUGCUAUCAAUUUCUACAACAUGGCUACAUUUUCUUCUCUGCAACUAAGAAGAAAAGAGAUGACCAGCUCCCAGAUAUCCACAACCAGGACAACCCCAAGCCCAAACCCAAUGACAGGACACAUCUCCACAACCAGGACAACCCCAAGCCCAAACCCAAUGACAGGACACAUCUCCACAACCAGGACAACCCCAAGGCCAAGCCCAAUGACAAGACAUAUCUCCACAACCAGGACAACCCCACGCCUGACUCCAAGGACAACCAGCUUGGCCAACAAAACCUUCCUCUGCCCCAUCACAAGUGCCAUUCAGAUCCUGAUAGUCUUUCUCACCAGCAAACUCCUCUCCUAGAAGGAAGCUAGGAAAAUAAUUAUUCCUGCCUCCUCUGCAUCUCCUACAUUGAGUUCCAAGCCAGGGCUCUGACAGGUGUGCGAAUGAAGACUUUACAUUCUCAAA